ACUCUGUCAUAACUUAUGUCAACAGCAGCAUCAAAAUACAUGAAAGAUAAGUCCAGAUUUUUCUUAUGCACUUAUCUCACAAGUGCAUAAGGACUUGUGAGAAGUAGAACAUAGUGAAGUAAUUUUUAAAACAUUUAUAGAAUUUAUAUGCAGAAUUUUAGAAAUGUUUGAAUGUCACAGGAAAUUUGAGAAAGUUAAAGAAUUGAUGAUUAGAAGUGGAGUGUAGGGAAGGAAACUGAAAUAGAAUGAAAUUGUAAGGAAAGUAAAGAUACAUACUGAAUGACUGUUUAAAUAAGAAACACCAUGGGACAUAGAGUAAACGCCUGAGAAAGUAGUAUAAAGCGAGAGGUCAUGGGAUGCAGGGAGUAAGGUGGGGUUGUUGAGAGAGAAAUAUAUAGAAGGGAGGAGACUUAUAAAAUGAAAAUAGGUCUUUAUAUGAUUGAAUGUAGGAUUAAAUGACAAAGCUAAAAUAAGUCAUAAAUAUUAACAAGUGUGUUCAGUUGGAUGGAAUAGAGAAGUAAAAAGUGAAGAGAAACGACGGAAGAAAGCUAAGUUAACAUAUGAGAAAAGUAAAAGGAAGUAUAUGAAACAAUAAAGCGGAGAAUGGAAAGUGAACGAAAACUCUAAUCUCGGAUAAUGUGAAGAAAAAAUAGUAUGAAAAUAAUUUUUAAAACAUGAGAAUAAAUAUGUGAGCGGAAAAUGAAAAUAGAAGAGAGAAAGAAAGUAAAUAGCAUGUGGUUGGAUUUUCACACUACUUAACGAGGGAUUUGACAGUCAAGCUGAGAUAUAGCGGAAAGGAGACAUGAUUGUGUGGAUAUGCUUCAUAAUUUGUUGACCAAUCAUCACAGAAGAUGAUGGUCUUCGUUGUAGUCCAUGUUGGGUUGUUGGUGCACUCGAAGGUGGUCGAAGAGUCCAUUUCGGACCAUGAAGCAUCUUCUACAAGUUGGCAGGAAGAAACAACUGGGUAAUCCAGAUUUGUCGGACUUAAUAAACCAGUUCUGGAGGUUUUUUGCUGGUUCUGUGGAUGGAAACAGCUUCUUUCAGGGUAGGAACAAGACAAUUUACUCACUUCCUCCUUCCUGAGAUGUAUCAGUCUUUAUGGAUGUAUAAGAAAAUAAGUGCUUCGACGAACACUUUAACCCAAGGAGAGACUCCCGAAUUGAUGGCAACAUCGAUCUUAAUAUCAGGUAAACAGAUUUCAGCCAACAGAUUCCUGAAAUAACCGAAGAUGGCCUUUAAAAUACCAUUGAAAAUAUGCUCUUUUGUUUUUGCUCUGUUUAUGGUCUACUAUAUCAGUUGGAUUUACAACAUGGACAUAAAAAAAUAUAGAAUAAAUAUCUUCACUCGUGACCAAAUAGACAAUGAAAAAAAGCUCUUAAUUUUAACGACAUCGUGGAAAAGUUCAAUCGAAAAGCAGAAAGUUCACAAAAAUACUGGGCAACUCUGGUCUCUAUGGCCAGGGUUAGUGCAACCUGUUGCCUAUAUGGAAGAUUCUGAGAUAUUCCGAAUAAACGAAAAAUACAGAGAAAACAUGGAAAUGUUAAUACAACACGGCUGGUUCAUUAAACCCAUUCCAAAAGUUGCCUGUGGAAAAGUACCAGUGUUGAAAUCAAUGAUACUUGAUGUAAUAAAAAUUUUCAAAAACUCUGAUUUUUACGGCUUUGCUAAUAGUGAUAUUAUUUUCAAUCAAGGCCUUACGAAAACUCUUGAAUCGGUCAAUAAAACAGGAGUUAAGAACGGCCCUUUAUUAAUAAUAGGACGAAGGACAAAUGUAAAUUUUACAGACGGUCGAACAAUUGACAGGCUCGAAAAUGUGGCUGAAGUCGCUAAAUCUGGUUCUUUGAUGAAAGGCAUUGCAUUAGACUAUUUCCUAACAAAUCGCCACUUUCCCUGGCAUUUGUUACCAGAUCUAGUUGUAGGACGUAUCCAUUAUGAUAACUGGUUAGUAUAUUUUGCCAUUACACUAAACAUUACUGUUAUUGAUGCCACUAAUACAGUAAUUGCAGUACACCAAACAACAGCGGAUGGAAAUGAAGCUGGAAGAAAGCAUAAUAAUGCCUAUUGUAACCAAAAAGUAAUUGCGAAAAUAGGGAAACCUUUCAAAACACGAUGGGGUUAUACAACAUGCGUUCCCUUCUACACGAAAUGGAAUUCUGAAUCAAACCAAGUUGAAAUUGCGAAAAGAAAUAUUUGGAAACAUUGCCACCCAUAUGGAUGAUAUGGUUAAAAUAGUUUAUAAUUAAUAUUUUAAUUGUUACUCUAUUCAAAGUUGCAAUUGAUUUUAUGUACCAUAAAUCUUUGCCAUCUGUCGUUGUGUAUUCAUUCGGGAUAGAUAAAAUAUGAAAUUGUAAGUUUGUGAAGGUCUUUUGAUCAACAAUAUUCCCGCCAGACGAAACAUCAUUGAAUAUAAAGAGAAAAUGUAAAGUCUAUUUCAUUAGCUGUAAAUGUAAAAUUUAUUUCUUCAUGACUAGUACUACCCGAUUAUUAUCCGAAGAGUUUAUCGAACCCAGAAGGAUGAAGCACAAGCCUGACUUUGACGGAAUUGGAUGCGUUAAAACCUGGCUAACAUAAUGUUAAUUGAGGAACAUAAGAAUCUGUAAAUGCUAAAUCUAUCGGAUGAUUUAUACAAACUGUGAAUCCGAGUUUAUCAGUAGAUUGGUUGGUGCCUUAAUCGCAGAGCAAUCAAAUAAAAAAUUAAGAUUAUAUUGUUACAUAAUAUUAUUCAGGGUUACAAUCAUUAAUCUAGUCUCUACUACUGUACCUAGUUUAACUCAAUUUAAUCUUAUUUAAUCUAAUUCAGAGUAACCGUAAGAAACCUAAUAUUUCUUCAAUGGGUUUUAGAGGUGGGUACUUAGCAUAUGAUUUUUACAUAGAUUUAUUAUGCAUCCUGUAGAACUUCUCCUGCUCUUUCUCUUUGUAGUUACUUUCAAAUAUUUUCUGUCUUAACUCAUAUAAAUACCCCUCUUUCGUAAAUUAGAGUAGUGAAAAUAUAUAGUAGUAAUUCCCUUUUCUCUAUGUCCAUUGGUUCGGAGAAUAUUUUUAUGCUUUCUGACAUAUCAACUUCUCAGGACUGUGAAUUUAGCAACUACAAAAAUCAAAGAAGGUAAUUUAAUAUGACAAAUUUCUAAAAUCUUCAUCUACUGAAUUAUCUGGAGAAGUAAUUCUGUCUCUUUAAAACUCUAAGACUAAGCAACCCACAUAACAACAUGAUCUUCAUUUUUGUCUAAUUGCUAUUUAAACAUGUACACAUUUAUAUACGCGAAAAUGAAGUACAAGUUCAUAUAUAUGCAAUAAACACACGCACACAUAAAUGUAUAAUUCAUACAUACAUGCAUACAUACAAACGUACUAUAUACGUACUUGUGUACAUUUGUGCAUGCAUACAUACAUAUCUGUUUGCUACAUCAAAAGUUGAUAGAUUGUUGUGAAUUUCGCUCCGGGCUGUACAAAUCUCAAAGUAAAUUGUCAAAUUUUGAUAUAAUAAACAGUUGUGUCAUCUCUC